GACAACUCGAACGACAACUCCACGACAACCCCAUUUGCUGACUUUUAGAUUUCACAUCUUCGAAUCAGCCCAACAUGGUCAAGAAGCGAGCGUCCAACGGCCGUAACAAGAAGGGUCGAGGCCACGUCAAGCCCAUCCGCUGCUCCAACUGCUCGCGAUGCACACCCAAGGACAAGGCGAUCAAGAGAUUCACCAUCCGCAACAUGGUCGAGUCUGCCGCCAUCCGUGAUAUCUCUGACGCCUCCGUCUUCCCCGAGUACACUGUCCCCAAGAUGUACUUGAAGCUCCAGUACUGCGUCUCGUGCGCUAUCCACGGAAAGAUCGUUCGUGUCCGAUCCCGUGAGGGCCGCCGCAACCGUGCCCCUCCCCCACGUGUCAGGUACAACAAGGACGGAAAGAAGAUCAACCCCAACCAGGCGGCUGCUAAGACCACCACCGCAUAAGCGAAGAAUGAAGGUUGUGGGAAAGGCAUGAUCUCGGCGCUUGGUGUGGUUUUACGGUUCACGGAAUCUCAUACUGGAAAAUGCAUGAAUCCAUGGAAGAUAGGGCAGGCCAGAGUGAUGAUUUCAACGGUUGCAGGCUUGCUCGCAUGGGCCGCGAUGAGCACCAAGAGCUAGCUAUGAGCUUGUAAUGAAUAUCAAGUCGAUCUGCACCAUGC